AUGCACCAGAAUAUAUAUCAUCAGAUACAAGUGUCGCCCGUCGCUCUCGUCAGCUUCGAAUUCUGCCACUUCAACACAUCUCAUCCUCCUUUUCCCAUGGAUAUGUAUACAUACGUCGCCUUUGCAACACCUGCGCCGCCCGAGGAGCGUGAUUUAAAGCCUCCCCAACCGGUCAGCAAGGGUAAGAGGCGUGGUCGCCCUAUGAAAAACUCCGUGGGCGGUCACAAGAAGGUAUUAGAAUCAAACUUUAUCCCCAGUACAUCUGCAGAAAAGAUGACACCUUACCAGCGCUCUAACGAACCCGAGGACGGGAACCAUCACAGUACUGUCCAGCACAACGCGACGUUUAUGUAUAACGCGACCGAUUCAGGGCAACAUUAUAAUAAUGGCGGCAACGGAGAAGUAAAUCCCACCUAUUCUUCAGAGUUUCAAGGGCUCCAGAUCCGCGAUGAUGGCGAUGAGGACAGCAGCGGCAGCGACGAUGAUGAUGACGAUGCCGCCCAUGAGACCGUAGGCCCAAGCACAUCCUCCGGAACGGCAAACAGCAACAUAUGGGAGUCCUUGACCGAAAUGAACUACAACCACAGUGAUAGAGCUCGCUCCACAAUGAAGAGACACAGAAAAAGGCGGAUGCAUAUUUUGUCGGGCGAUUAUACAGAAUGCAGUAAAUGCUCAAAGCUGUUCCGGAAGCACGCGAAGGAAAACCUCAUUUGCGGCUGCUGCUGUCAGAAGAUGAGAGAAGAGCUAGAACGCGAAAACAAAGCGAGGUUGGAUUCUGUGAAAAACAUCAAGAUACAAAGCCAAAAGAAGACCGAGUCAGCGCUCGCGGAAGAUCGCCAGAUUUUGCGCCCAUAUUUCGCGCUUGGUGUAGGAUGCAAUCCGUUGCUCUCAGCUACGGACAGCGAAAUAGACACAUGGGUGGACAAGGAUAAUUGUAUUUGUGGCCUCUACGACGCACUCGCCCCAAUGGUACAGACUCUCAAGGAAGCGGAACAAGUGUCGUGUUGGGCGCGACUCCAGCGCCUGCGGAUGCAGAGCUCUAAGACGGAUGCAUGGCGAGCUUUUAAAGAGAAAUCCACGUUGCGCGAGGCACCUUGA